AUGACAUUGGCGUCUUAUCUUCCGCUGGGCAUCGAGUCCACCCCCCAAAUCCUCAUAUCUGCCGCUUGUUUAUGGCUGCUUUUCCAUCUCGGCCGCGGCAUAUAUCAGGCCUACUUCUCGCCUCUACAUCGGGUGCCUGGGCCCAAGCUUUGGGUUAUCAUACCUAUCAUUCCAAAGAUCAAGAUUCUGCUCGGGACAAUUGACCAAGACCUUCGACAACUCCAUCGCAAGUAUGGCAACGCGGCUCGCUGGAGCCCAGACCAUAUCACCUUUACAACCAGUGAAGCCUGGAAAACCAUCUAUGGCCACAAACACGGACAAUUUCCCAAGUACAACAGCUCGGAACAACUCGAGCCCCAAUCUAACAUUCUGUUUGCCGACGACGCCAACCACGCCCGCAUCCGCCGCGGAGUUUCGCACGCCUUUUCACCCAAAGCAUUAGCCGAGCAAGAACCACUUAUCUACAAAUAUGUAGACAAGUUUGUAUGGAGGUUGUCAGAUGUAGCGGAGUCUCGCAUGCCAACGGAGAUGGGCAGAUGGUUCCAUAUCGCAUCCUUCGACAUCGUUGGAGACUUGACCUUCGGUGAGUCACUCGGCGGCCUUGACAAUAACGAGCUCCACUAUGUUGUAACGCAUGUUCUAUUGUUCAUUGAACGGGCGAAGAAGCUGUUUGAACUCAACAGCCUCCUCGGCCCCUUGCGGUGGAUCGUAAUGCCGAUUAUCGCGAGAGAUGCCGAGAAGGGUUUCCGCGACAUGUUUACCUACACACGGUCUGCGGUCCAGCGCAGAAUCGACAUCGAUGGGGAGUUGGACCGCAGAGACUUUAUGCAAGGUUUACUCCGUGGGAAGGACGAGAAACUGAUCAGCUCCAUGGAGGAGAUCAUCACCAAUACCAAUACCAUUUUUGUGGCUGGUAGCGAUACUACAGCAACGCUCAUGACAGCUGCUACCUUCUACCUUCUUUCAACCCCUGAAGCUUACAAGAGAGCUGUCACGGAGGUGCGGAGCGCAUUCCAAUCAGCCGCGGAGAUCAACUUCACCAACGCAACCGCACGCCUGCCCUACUUGCUUGCUGUGCUCAAUGAGACAUUCCGGUUGUAUCCUCCUGUCCCGUCAGUGAACGAAAAAAUGGUUCCUGAUACAGGAGAGACAAUCUAUGUGGAAGACUACUAUCUUCCUCCCCAUAUAAGUCAUCCGUUCGAAGGCGUUUACGUUUAUGGACAAAUUUAA